AUGGCAUUGCCGUCCAAGAUUCUGAUUGUAGGAGGGGGGGUGUUUGGAUUAUCCACCGCCCUCUCCCUGUCAAAGCGACACCCAGAAUCCAAAGUAACAGUAGUAGAGUCCUCACCAACAAUCCCAAACCCACAUGGCUCAUCUGUGGACACAUCCCGGAUUGUGCGGGCCGACUACGCCAACGCAGCAUACUCCAAGCUCGCGGCAGCGGCCAUUGACCGCUGGCGCAGCACAGACUGGGGCCGUGAUGGCCGCUACACGCAGAACGGCCUGCUACUCGUGUACCCAGCAGACAGCGCCAGUGCCAAGGAGUACGCACGCAAGAGCUACGCCAAUGUGCGCCAGAUCGAGGGCGACAACGUCACCUUCCUGCCGACCCAAGCGGACGUCCUCAGCGUCGUUCCGGCCUACGGUUCGACCCUCGAUGUCGCUGGCGGCUACGUGAACUGGGGCUCUGGAUGGUCUGAUGCUGCGGGCAGCGUGCAGUAUGCUAAGACACUCCUCGACGCUGAGGGUAAGGUUACCUUCCGUACUGGUGAUGUCGAACGUGUGUUAUAUGACACGAACGGCGCGAAGCCUAAAGCUACCGGUGUCGUCUUGGCGGAUGGUUCGACUCUCGAGGCGGAUCUCAUUGUGCUGGCGACUGGAGCGUGGACGUCGAAACUUGUUGACUUGCGUGGGAGGGCUGUUGCAACUGGACAGGCGAUUGCGUAUAUGCGGAUCUCUGAUGAGGAGCAGCGAGAGCUGGAGAAUUUGCCUACAAUCUUGAACUUUGCCACGGGCAUCUUUAUUAUCCCACCCAGGGAUAAUCUGCUUAAGAUUGCCCGGCAUGCGUAUGGGUAUCUCAAUCCGGUUGAGGUGCCGGUUCCUGAUGCCGGGGCUUCGGGCUCGAUGGUGGUUAGUCUACCUGAGCAGGGGGUUCCUGUACCGCUUGAAGGACAGGAGGCGUUCCGGGUUGCGUUGAGGCAGCUUUUGCCGCGGUUCGCGGAGAGGGAGUUUUUCGAUACGAGGGUUUGCUGGUAUACUGAUACGCCCACGGGUGAUUUCAUUGUUUCUUAUCACCCUGAGCACGAAGGUCUUUUCCUUGCUACCGGUGGUAGUGGGCAUGGGUUCAAAUUCUUCCCUGUCAUUGGAGACAAGAUUGUUGAUGCGCUAGAGGGCACUCUUGAUUCCGAGUUGAGUAAGAUGUGGGCAUGGCCUGAGGCUGCUGUGUCGGACGAAGAGGACUUUGAUGGCGAUGGUAGUCGGUCUGGGGAGAGGAGAGCGAUUUUGAAAGACGAGUUGGCGAAGGCACAGAAGGCUUCGCGGAGCAGUGUGCUUUAG